AAAGGACUUGUACUAGGUGUUUAUGGAGAGGAAGGGAAAGAUUUUCAAUUGACCAAAGCAACAGAGCGGUUUAAUGAAACUUGCAAUGGAAAGCUAACCAACCACCUGAAAAAUUCGUAAGUACUGAGUAAACUCAAUUUUGGCGGUAUGGCCAGCGGGUCCUCUUCAUUAACCAAUACACCGAUUCGCUCCCGGCCCCUGAAGAGACAGCAUCCGUACGUCUUGAAGGGCGUGAAAAAUUCGUUCGAAGAUAAAACUAAUGACUAUUUGUGUCCCAUUUGCUUUGAAUUGAUCGAGGAAGCGCACAUUACAAAAUGCGGCCACACCUUCUGCUUUCAGUGCAUAUCAAAAAGCCUUGAAGGAAACAACCGUUGUCCAAAAUGCAACAGUAUGAUCGGUGGAAGGGAACACAUUUUUCCCAAUUUCCUUCUGAACGAGUUAAUCACCAAGUAUAAGACAAAAGUUAGAAAUCUGAAGGACUUGGUUGGUGGUAGUGAUAAAGUCAGUGAUGAUCCACUACCGCCUCUAUCGGAUAACUUACGAGGUUUUGUAGCUUCUGAGUCGCAAAAUUUAGCUCUAGCAGAUGUGAAUGUAAUUUUAGAGGUUUUAAACCAGCGUAAAAGUAUUUUAGAAGCUGAGUCAUGCGCUGUUCAAAAUAAAUUACUACAUGAAUUUCUGAAGCAUUUAUUGAAACACAAAGAAGCACAGUUAAAUCAAUUGACGAAAGAAGUAAGUUUAAUCAAGAGAGACAUCAACGAAGUGGAAAGCAUAUUAUCGACAAUAGAUGUUAAAGGUAUUGAUUUGGAACAAGGUAGUUUUGACCAAGAAGAUUUUCCUCCAUCAGAUAAGGCCAAGUCUGAUGCAGGAAUGAGCUGCGAUAGUGUGGAAAGUUUCAAUGGUAGCCAAAAAAAUAGUAAUAACUUAACUAUUGGAUCAUUAUCAAUGAGGAGAAAACGUAUGCACGCUCAUUUCAAUGAUUUUGUUCGCUGUUAUUUUAACUUAAGGGCUAAAGAACUCCUAUUCAGUAAAAAUGACAAAUCUCCAGUUCCAGAAAAAGACAAGGACAAACCACUCGGUUCCUCGGGUCCCUCCUCUGGACUGGACCAAUUUCGUGAUAACCUCGUGAAAUUUUCCAGAUUCAGUGGGCUGCGUCCUUUAGCAACCCUCAACUAUUCCAGUGAUAUUUUUAACAAUUCGACUAUAGUCUCGAGCAUUGAGUUCGACAAAGACAAUGAAUUCUUUGCGAUAGCAGGAGUUACCAAAAGAAUAAAAGUUUAUGAUUAUGGCGCAGUGAUCAGAGACAUUGUUGAUAUUCACUAUCCAUGCAUAGAGAUGCUGUCAAAUUCAAAAAUUUCUUGUCUAAGUUGGAAUUCAUACCAUAAAAAUACGUUAGCUAGCAGUGAUUACGAAGGAACAGUGACCGUAUGGGAUGUGAAUACAGGCCAACGUACACGAACGUUUCAAGAACAUGAAAAAAGGUGUUGGAGUGUUGAUUUUAAUAAAGUAAAUAUUAGGCUAAUAGCAUCUGGAUCAGAUGAUGCAAGAGUGAAAUUGUGGUCCUUGGAUGUUGACCAUUCCGUUGCAUCCCUAGAAGCCAAAGCUAAUGUAUGUUGCGUUCAAUUUAAUCCUGGGAGUUCGAAUCACCUUGCCUUCGGAUCAGCCGAUCACUGCGUUCACUACUACGACCUUAGAAAUAUGAAAGCACCCCUGGCUCUAUUUGAAGGUCAUCGGAAAGCUGUAUCCUACGUAAAAUUCUUGAACAACGAAGAUAUUGUCUCAGCCUCAACGGAUAGUCAACUUAAACUAUGGAACAUCAACACAUCCUACUGCUUACGCUCACUAGUUGGACACAUUAAUGAGAAAAAUUUCGUCGGUCUAGCAGCAAACGAGGACUACAUUGCGUGUGGCUCGGAAAAUAAUGCUUUGUAUGUUUACUAUAAGGGUUUAACCAAACAGUUGUUCAGUUUUAAGUUUGAUGCUGUACGGAGUGUUUUGGAGAAAGAUAAAAAAGAUGACGAAGCAAAUGAGUUCGUUUCUGCUGUCUGCUGGCGGCAGUUAUCGAAUGUUGUUGUCGCUGCAAAUAGUCAGGGUAUCAUCAAAAUUUUAGAGUUAGCCUGACCUAUAUAUAAUUUCACUGCAUCUCCUCUGGAUGCUAUUCCAGUCUAAGUGAAGGUCCUCUCUUUCUGUCUUCUCUCUGAAAUUACAUUUUUCCUAGACCCUGCACUUAAUGUAGAAAUCAUUUAAAAUUCUAUUGCACACUUCUUCUGCUUUUGUAAGUGACGAUGACCUAAGUGCCAAACUAUGUAUCCCUAUGAUGGUGUUUCAAAAUUCUUGCUGGUGUUUUAAUUUUUGAAGAGAAACAAGCCACCUAUAUAACUCGAAAUUUAUACCGAUCUUCUGGCAGAAGAGAAAAAAACAUCAAGGCAGUUUUCCAGAAAUUACGUCAAUUAGAUUUUUAAAGAAUAAAUGAAGUAUGACAAAAAGUCUCCGAAGUUGCAAACAGAGAUACGUGGUUUCGCAAUUUAGCCAUCUAUAUGCAGGUGCUGUACUUGCUUUUACACACGGUUUCUGUCUGCACCAUUCUACAAUUUGUUGCAACACCGAGAUGAAAAUUGCAUUCUACAGUUUUCGGGUCUAGGAAAUCACGUCCCGAGUGGUUUAGUCAGCUUUUAUUCACAAAUUUUAUGCUUGUUGCUGGAGAAAGCAUCAUUCAAAUGAAACCAGGAAAAGUAUUGUGCCAAAUAUUUUUUCCCCCCCAGAGAUCGAAGUACGCAAGUUGGUUUGAUAUCCGGAAAGCUGAUUAGCAGCAAUUUCGGUAUGAUUUUUUCAGCUUAAUUUUGUUUUGUGUUGUGCAGGGGAGGGGGAGGUUGUCCGGGUGAGGUUAUGGUUUUUCAGUAAUUUUUUAAUUUUCUUUUCCUCCCUUCAUUUUGUGACCCAUGGAGAAGGUACAUUAAACUGAUAUUGUGAUAUUAGAUUUAUUUUAUUAUUAAUUAAGCGUUUUUAAAUGAUUGAUGACUGAAGAUUGCAGUCUGCUAUCGAUCCGAGUUUUUAUUCAGUUAUUUUGGAGUGUGAGUUUUCUCCUUUUUUUCAGGCAAAAAUUUUAGGUACGCGUUUCAUUACGCACCUCCUUUUUUGGGCGAAAUUCUGAGUCAGUAUCACUUUUUUCUGACCUUUGAGUUUCUAGAACUUGACCUUCUUGUCUGGUUGUCUGGGCUUAGUAACCACCAAGGCUCAUUAAAAAUCUACAAAUUACUUUAAAAUCCAUCCUCAAAUAACUAAAUCCUUGCACAGGAUACUGGGUGAUAUUAGUUCCAUGUUGUAUAUAGAAUGAAAAGAAAAAAAUCUACUCCAAAGCAGUCUUGAAUAUUUAAUUUACCAAGAAAAUUAUAAUAUUUGUUGCUAAAUCUGCUACCAAGCACUUGCGACCACCAUAACAGUUCUGUUUUGCUACAUAUGAAUGUGUGAUAGUACUUUUAAGUUCAUCUUGCUUGCAUAAUAUCAGCAAUAAUUAGCUCUUCUGUGGUCUAUUUUCGAAGUUGUCUAAUUAAAUCCUCUAUUUCUUUAAACGUUUUGUUGCGAAGAAGAAUAAAAUUUACUGGAAGUGGUGGUAAACCUUUUCUUUAUCGCUUUUAUCAUUGUAUUUUCCAUCUGUGGUUUCCUGCUAUUAAAUAGGAACAAAUUUGAUUAUUUUGUGCCUCCUGUGGUGGAGAAUUCAUUUUUUAUUUUUAUCUCAUUCGACUGGUUUCCUUUAAUUUUUGUUGCAGCUUUAUUAUUUCCUAAUUUCAGUUUCGUAAACCUGUAAUGCGGAAUCAAAUUUCAGAAUCUAUCAAAGAAUUUUUAAGUUCAAAGAAUCUAAUAGCAAUUUAAUUUCAUGGUAUGAUCAUUUUAAACAAAGCCGUAAGUGAUAGGAUUGAAAAUUGGUUCUUUAAUGGAAAAACUGUCAUAGGAUCUGGAUUUUUUCUUUCUUUUUUUUGAAAUCCUUUAUUUUUUUCCUUUGCAUUAAGACGAACAGCAAAAAUGUAUUUCAUUUAGGGUGAAAAUUUUAAAAGAAUGUUGAAAGGUCGAUUGUGUUGACUUUCAGAAUGAACAGAUUAUUUUGUAUAUUGAGUUUAUUCCGUCUGGAUCAUUCCAUGUCAAAAACAAGAAAAAACCCAAAUUGUCAGCUUCAUAUCUUCAAUACUUCUUGGCAUGGAAUUGACAUGGAAUAACCUGUCUCUUAACUGUAUAUUUCGAUGGGCUAAGUGCGUAACCAUGUAUCCCCAUUGUAGUGUUUCAAAAUCUCUGCUUCUAUUUUAUUUUUUGGAAGAGAAACGAACCCACUUUAUAGCUUGAUAUGUAUACAGAAUAUUCUGCUAUUCCAAAAGAAAAAUUUAAAAGACGUUUUCAAGAAAUUAAGUUGACUAUUCUUAAAAAUAAAGUAUGACAGGAAUAACGUCACAAUCAGAGAUACGUACUGCUCUUUUAUCCAUCGAUUUAUGCUUUUAAGACCCUCCCAACAUUCUAUUAAAGAGACAUUCAACGUUCGACAGUCAACAUUUUAUGACGAGAACUUCAAUUCUGAAGUAACAAAAGUUCAGAACCCAGCUGUUCCCCUAGGAAUAUUUCGAAAUUAUGUUAGGAUACUGAAGACUUCAAAGAUUGAGAGAGGGAUGAAAGACUAAAGUUGGAGAUCCAACUUUGUCAACAACCAUGAGAACACGUCUGAAGUAGUUUAUUUAUUAUUUUACUACCUACAGAUUUGAUGUGUAUUGCAUUAUUAGUAAUAAUAGGCUCAUCGGCAACAGAAGUUGGAAAAUUUUUCUAUUUCCUGAGGUGUUGAGAGCGGUUGAGGUUGGCAAAGUGUUUUUGUUUAUUCGCCUGCUAAUUAGUGAUAUCGUUCAUUUGAUAACGUCCUUGGUGCUUUUGAAGUAUGGAACCCUUUUUUAAAACAUAUCGUUGUUCCUCAAACUUAUAUUUUUACAUCACUAAUACUCGGACAAGUGCUAAAAAUUAUCGGUCAGUUCUCCAUCCUUAAUAUUUGCUCUUCUAGUAUUUUACAAGAAACCAGAUUUUCGAAUUUUGUUCGAUCUGUUCGUGUGGCCUUGGAUCUUGUGAUUAGGAAGACUGAUUCAAUGUAAUCAGUAAUAAGAUAAAUUUGCAAGAAUCUGUGUCUCCCCAUUCUUUUGGCAUUUUUCAGCUGUAUUCCAAUUGUUGGCUAUUAUACUUACACUCUUGUUGAUUAGCUUUGUUGUGUGCAGAUGGUGCAUUUUAUGCCCUACUCCAUCCUGUAGAUUAUUUUGCUGCAGAAUUUUAUUCUAGCCGAUUUUUUUUUUCUUUAUCCUGUGGCUUAAGGAUUUUAAAACCUUUUAAAUUAUUACAAUGCCUUCUGUGCUAAAUGUUGAUGUUCCCCAUUAAGUCAUAGAUAUUUCUUUGCCUUGAAAGUAUGUAUUCACUGAAUUAUCUUCUCCAUUCUCAUAAUUAGAAAUACAAUAUUCAGGGUGUACAGAAAGUAAAAGUAAAGAAAAAGUGCUCGAAAAGUAAGGAUUUUAGGUAAUAAAGCGUUAAUAGACACCCUGAUUAUUGACCGUACAAUCAUGUAGGUAAUUGAUGUCUCAGUAGUAAGAGUAUUUUAGCUCAAAUAACUAGUCUAAAUCCAAUCAGACCGCAUGUCCCCAAACGUAGAAUUUGUUCCUUUACCCAAAUAUUCAUAAUUUUGCAGGAAGCAUUGAUAAUAAUUCUGGCUUCCACAAUUUUUUUGUAAAAAAAAUUCAAGGGGCAGAACAAAAAACUCAACUUGCUAGCUAAGACCGUUCAACAGAUAUCCAAUCUUCAUCACUUGUGUAGAAACUACACGAAUUUCUCCAUUCGCAGAUUCAGCUUCUGUUCAGCUCUGUGUUCAGCUGGCAGAAUCGUUUGUCUUCAGUGAGCAAUAACGACAUGAAAUUCAGUAAAAAUGUUCAAUAAAAUCCUCAAUAGCAAGGGAGAUUUUCAGUCUUGGAUACUAAGUGGUAUGGAUUUCAUUAAUCAGGAUCUUUCAAUUUAUUUGGUCAAUAAUCUUAUUGAAUUUGUCAAAGAAAUAUCUUGUAACGGAGCUAGAGAGAAAGAAAUAAAUUAUGAGAAAAUUUGUUUGAUGAUGGUAGGUAUUGUCAUGCUCUCUUCUCGCUGAAAGAGUUGGUCUAUCUUAAUGAAAAAAAAAACUUCUCAAUAUUUUAUUGUAAAUAACUGUCAAGAAUGAGUCAGUAAACAGGUUCGUUUCUUUGUUCGUGACAACACAAAAUGCUAGUUUUUAAAAAAAAAAAAACUUUUGAUUCAUUUAUGAGAGGAAUGUAAAAACUUGCUGAACCUCUGAGGAACGAAGAGGAAAGUAAAAGUAUUUUAAAUCCCAGCAUUUUUUAAUAUUUAGGAACUACCUAGCAAGCCAACUGUACUCUUAGAGUAUGAAGAUUUAUGGAAUGUUGGGAACAGUUAGGUCGUUCUAUACAUUGAUUUCAAAUUUUUUAACGUGUAUGUGCCUGUUGCUUUUGCAUACGACACUGUUUUUGAUUCUUAAUUUUCCUCCUUUUUUCCAUCAAAUCUUGAAAUCUUUGCUCCGAUCAGUAAAUGUCAAGUUCCUUUUUUCGUUCCUUAGUUUUAUCGCAGUAAUAAUAGGAAUUAUAAUUUCAUGUUCAAGAUCCGAACGAAAAUUUGUCUCAGCGCCUCCAAGCAUGUUCCAAUCAAAAUAUGAGACUGUUGCCUCUUUCUAUUUUCAGCAUAAAAUCAUAGAAAAAGAACCUGUUUACCAGCUUGUUCACUCAAUUGUAUGUUUAUUUUUGUUCAUAAAUGUUAUGUUUUUCUUGUUAAGAAAUAAAGAAUUGUAGAAAGGAA